UUGCCCUUGCUUCUUCAUCCCUAUAAAAAAGAGAGGGAUUGUCAUUUGUUAAUCCAUGAUGAAUUAGUAUAUCCACUUACGAUCCCAAUCUUAAUAUCAUUCAUAAAUCUGGUCGAAUCUUAUUUUCUAUUAUUACGUUUAAAAUCCGUUAUUGUUUGCGUAUAAUUCAAUUCAACAUAUGCUGAUUUGAAUUUAAGGAAAAAACCCUAGAAUUUGAGGCGGAGGUAGACGAUGAUGUAGUGGGACGAAAUUUCUGAAGAAGCUUUCAAUAUUAAAAAAUUACACUAGAGGUGGAAUUGGGGCUAGGGCUUGGACGAUGAGAGAUCCUUACAAGUACCAGAUUUCUUCCUAUCCGGGUUUAUAUAAUUUGGCGUGGGCGCAGGCUGUAAACAAUAAGCCACCGGGUGACGUUUUUGUCACGAUGGAGGAUGAUAGUAGUAAUGGUCAUAGUAAGGUUGUGACUGACGAUGAUGAUGGUGAGCUGGAAGAGGGCGAGAUUGAUUUGGAUUCUGAGUUGCAUGAUUCGGAUGUUAAGGUUAACAAGGAAGAUAGGAGCAAACGUGUUGAUGUUGAUCUAAUAAUGGAAGAGCUUGUCAAUCUGAAAGCGCCUGAUGCCCAAAACUCUUUUGAUGCAUUCUUUCCACGCUUGGAGGCCACAGCAAUCAAGUUGCACAAGAUUGUGUUGGACGGUCCUUUUCCUGAGAAACACACUCUUGUUCAGCUCUUACUUCAGACUCUUCAUUCGGUUUUUUCUUCAAUGACUCUAGCACUCAACCAACAGAAUGAAGCAAUUCUGUUGAGGUUGCUAGCUCAAUUAACAAGCUUGAGGCCACCUCUUUUUUCUUCUUCGCAGUUGAAAGAGGUGGAGGCUAUUAGGUUGUCUCUUGAGUCAUCUGAUAAUUCCUUGAACAAUGGUGUAACUGGAAUGAAACAAGUAAGAGAGGGGUUUAAUACAACCAAUUUACAUGUGUUGUUUGAGAAUGCCGAUAACAGGCCUGAUUACGUAAGGAAACAUGGACAAGAACCUGUGCCUGAUGGUUCAGUGGAUCAACGUGGGCAAAGCUUUCCCUUACAGUGUUCAAAACCAGCGCUAGUUAACCUGAGCCGCAAAGGUCUUCCUCUGCUAGAUCUUCACAAAGAUCAUGAUGUGGACAGUCUUCCUUCUCCUACACGAGACCAUCCUGCAACUUUCCCCUUUGAUAAGGGAUUAAUCUUGGAGCAAGGGCUGCUGAAACCUGAGUGGCCUCUUCCUAGACAAACACUUCCUCGAGGAAAUCCCGCUCUGCAUCCUUAUGAAACUGAUACUGUCAAAGAUGUCUCCGGUUAUCAGAAAAAAUUUGGACAGGGUUCCUUUUUUGUGAAUGAUAAGUUUCCAAGUCCAACUCCUUCAGGGGAGGGUGAUAAUAAAGGAGACGGUGAAGCCUGUGGGGAGGUCAGUAGUUCUGUUAACCACAAUGUUAACCCUGCUGUGAAUUCCUUGAUGCUAGGGCAGCCAGCACUUUCUUCUGCUGCUGCCAGAGAUGUUGUAGCAGGUCCUGAGAUUAGCAAUGUUCAGAUGAUUGAUACUGCAAAUAGUUUCCGAAAUCCUGUGUUAGAGCCCUCUGCAAAAAGUAGGGACCCUAGGCUCCGAAUGGCCAAUUCUGAUGCAGGUCCAACAAAUCUCAGUCAGAGUCUCAGUCAGAGUCUCCCCUCAAUGGGAAGUGAUGAAUCCAAAUCGACGUAUGUUGGUUUUAUGAGUUCGAGGAAGCAGAAGGUAUGUGAGGAGCUAGUUUUGAAUGGUCCCGCGCUAAAACGGCGAAAAAAUGAAUCAUUGAUUCCAGAAGUAACCCUGCCACUCACGACUACAAUCUCAACCUCUCAAGUUCUGACUCCACCCGUGCUACCCAUUAGCAGUCUCUCUAAAUCAGCAUUAACCUGUCAAACUGAAAUUCUGCCAGUGAAAAGUUUCAGUUUGUCUUCUCCUAUUCAUUCUUUAUUAAGAGAUAUAGCUGGCAAUCCAUCUAUAUGGAUGAGCAUACUCAAAAUGGAACAUAAGACGUCUGACGAUAACAAUAAUGCAACUCAAAUGCCAAACUCGAAUUCCAUACUGGGAGUAGCUCCAUCAACAUCUGGUGUCCUGCCUUCCUCCUCAAUACUUGGCCAGAAACCAGCGGGAAUAGUUCCUUGCCAGCCAGUCUCUGCGGAGGAACCUGGAAAAGUUCGAAUGAAGGCUCGUGACCCACGUCGUAUUCUACAUAAUAAUACACCUCAGAAUGGUGUGAGUGCAGUAUCUGAUCUUCCAAAAACAUAUCCUUCAUCUUCUUCAGUAAUGAUGGGUAACAUGAGUGCCCAAGGGCAAGAAGAUCAAAUGGAGAAGGUAGUUCCUUCCGGAAGUGUGAAACCACCAGAUAUUACCAUGAAGUUUACCAAUAAUCUGAGGAACAUUGCUGAUAUCAUGUCUGUAUCGCAAGCAAAUACACCUCCACCAGAUCUUCCUCAGAGUGUAUUGUCACAGCCGUUACAAAGUCAUCAAGCUGGACCAGAGAGUAAGAUGGUAGCUUACAAUUCAGUCAACUUCAGAUCUGGAAGUAACUCAACAUCCGAUGCAGCUAUUUCUAUCCCCCCUCGACCACUUAAUGCAAAUACUUGGAGUGAUGUUGAGCAUUUAUUUGAUGGCUUUGAUGACCAGCAAAAGGCUGCUAUCCAGAGAGAAAGGGCUAGGAGGAUUAAAGAACAGAAUAAACUGUUUGCUGAUCGAAAGCUAUGUCUUGUCUUGGAUCUUGAUCAUACUCUCCUAAAUUCAGCCAAGUUUACAGAGGUUGACCCUCUGCAUGAUGAGAUUCUGAGAAAGAAGGAGGAACAAGAUCGGGUAAAGUCCCAAAGGCAUCUAUUUCGGUUUCCCCAUAUGGGAAUGUGGACAAAGUUGCGUCCUGGGAUAUGGAAUUUCUUGGAGAAGGCAAGCAAGCUCUAUGAACUUCAUCUCUGCACCAUGGGAAACAAAUAUUAUGCCACUGAGAUGGCAAAAUUGCUUGAUCCAAAAGGGGAAUUGUUUUCUGGAAGAGUUAUCUCGAGGGGCGAUGAUGGUGAACCAUUUGAUAGUGAUGAUAGAGUUCCCAAGAGUAAGGAUUUGGAGGGUGUUUUGGGCAUGGAGUCAGCGGUCGUAAUUAUUGAUGAUUCUGUACGAGUGUGGCCUCAUAACAAACCAAACUUGAUUGCUGUGGAACGGUAUAUAUAUUUUCCGUGUAGUAGACGUCAAUUUGGGCUAUCAGGCCCUUCUCUUCUGGAGAUUGAUCAUGAUGAGAGACCAGAAGAUGGGACUCUGGCUUCUUCUCUGGCGGUUAUAGAAAAAAUACAUGGAGCAUUUUUUGCACACGAUUCAUUAGAAGAAGGUGAUGUUAGAAGUAUCUUAGCUUGUGAACAAAGGAAAAUUCUAGCGGGCUGCCGCAUUGUUUUCAGCCGAAUGUUCCCAGUUGGUGAAAAGAAUCCUCAGAUGCAUCCGCUGUGGCAGACGGCUGAGCAAUUCGGUGCAGUGUGCACAAAGCAGAUAGAUGAGCAGGUGACACAUGUGGUUGCGAAUUCACUUGGGACGAACAAGGUGAACUCGGCACUGGCUAGAGGAACAUUUGUGGUCCACCCGGGAUGGGUCGAAGCAUCAGCUCUGCUGUAUCGAAGAGCUAAUGAGCAUGAUUUUGCUAUUAAACAAUAAUAAUAAAAACAAUAACUAAAUAGCGUACGUAACAAAUUCGUUCGCCCUUGGUGCUGGAGGCUGGCCAAUCUUGCGAACCUAACGUAACUAAUAUUUCACAAUUCAAAAUGGAGAAAGCAUAAGCUUAUAGGAUGAAUAAUUCAACAAAUUGCAUGUUUUUUCGGCUCGGGAAACCAUAACGACGUAACAAUGCAGUUGAUGGUGGAUGAGGUCGUAUUCUUUGGAGCUACUGUACUUUUCUUUCUGUUUUUGUGACCUUAAUCCAAUGGUUUCACUUCAAUGCGCCGAAAUUGCGACAUCUCGUCCUUCAUCAUGGUCCUACAUCUUCCUUCAACCAUAUCUUGACAAAACUAAUAGAGGAAAAAACAAAUUGGUGUGUGUCAAGUGGCCCAUGAUCUGUUCUUUGCAUCUCUGGUUUUCUAGUUAUGCAUCUUUCCAUUUUAUAAAGAAA